AUGGCAUUGACUGCUGGAGACCAGCGUACUAGCCCGGCGCAUCGUGCGAAAUGCCACAAGCUUCUGGCCGGCUUGCGGCCCGGUCUUUUGGUCUGCUUAGGCUUGGCCGCCGAUUUUGGCAGCGAGGUCACGGGCUUCUUGCGUGAAUGGGAAAAGGACUUUGAUGUGGCAACGGUCCAUCGCCGCAUCGCUGCCUUCAGGUCUAAGAUUUCCAGCUUGUUCCUGGAAGCCCGCAUCUUUGACGAGUUAAACGAGGUCUCAGAUGAAGAGCAGUCCAGUGUGGUCUUGGCCGCAAAGCAUGCCAUGCAGACGCCGGAAAUCCAGGUCAAUGGAAAGGUCUACAACAUCUGGCCUUCCGGAUCUGGUCGUAUGCCAGAGGUCCAGGAAACGGUCGAGAGCUUUCAGGUGACAACACAGGCCUUUCUGGCCCGCUUGGCAGCAGAGCUGCCAGACCAGGAGAUGAAGAUGACGCUCAGGGCAUUGGACUUGGUCUUGUGGCGGAGGUCCAGCACUGUGGGGAGAGUCAACCUGGAAGUCAUGGUCCGUGUCUGGUUCAAGGACUUGGGUCUGGACCACGAUCAGCAAAUGGUCGGUGUUCAGCAGUACAGAGAUGCUGCGCCCGGCCCCCAGUCUAAUUUUCUGACAUUGGAUUCCACGGUCUCCGUGUCUACCAGAGCGAGGGUAAAUAAUCGGGCCCAAAGCUGA